GGGCGCUGUGCGUGCAGCAGCAGGCCGUGGAGCGCGACGGCAGCUCGCUGAUGCAGGAGGCAAAGAGGAUCGGGCAGCUGCUGGAGGGCCCAGUGGAAUACCGAGACCACGACGCAGAGGCGCCGGAGGCAGAGCGGCUGCGCGCGUGCGGGGCCGCCGGUCAGCACACGAACCUCUUCAUGUGGAGCACCUGUCCGGACGGGGUCAUCGCCGCUGGGUUCGCAGGCAGGAAGAGGGACAGGGAGCGGGUCGCCUGCGUUGCCGCCGCGCUGGCGCACGCAGUGGCCGACCCAAGGUUCGCCGGCGGCCUCUGCAGAAGCUUCCCCGACGUCGGGGCGGUCCUGCAGCGGGCGCGCGACUCGCGGCCUUCCGCGCUGGCGGCCACGGCGCCGCCACGGAGCGACGGCAAUCGGCGCUGGUCGCGCUCGCGGUCGCGGAGGUGCGGGGUGCCCCUGCGGAUCUCGCCAGCCUUGCAGCCCGCGCCGCCAUCACCGGCAGACGCAGGUCCUGGCGCGCGGCCGCGGCGCGGUGGCAGCGGGGGUUCGGAGACGUGCUCACGCUCACGUUCGCCCCUGCCGCGCCAGCGCGCCCCAGAGCGCGCGCGGCCAUCACUGGGGGGCGCAGGUCCUGCCGCGCGGCCGCGGCGCGGUGGCAGCGGAGGCUCGGAGACGGGCUCGGUCUCACGAUCGCGGAGCCGCGAGCCGCUUCUGCGGCUCCAGCCCGCUCCGGAGUCCGCGCCGCCAUCACCGAGGGCCGCAGGUCCUGCCGCGCGGCCGCGGCGCAGUGGCAGCGGUGGCUCGGAGGCGGGCUCGCGCUCACCGUCGCCCCUGCGGCUUCGUCAAGCCACAGAGCCCGCGUCGCGAUCACCAGCGCGGUGGGAGCCCUCGCCGCCAUCGCCAGCGCGGUGGCAGCUGCGGCGCGGUGGCAGCUGGCACCGCCGCUCGCGGUGGG